UAGAAAGAGGGGGGGCAUAUCUGACCCACCCACAUGUUAUUUGCAUAGACUGUAUAAAAUAGGUUAUUUGUCAUUCAUACUGCGCAGCGAUUUGAUUUAACAAAGACUGUAACCAGUGUUUUAUGUUGUUGAAAGGCUGUCGGAUCUAAUGGCGACCUGUGAGGACGUGCGGGAGAGUGUGAAGAACUAUUAUGGCAGCCGGCUGGAGUGCUCUGCUGACCUGCAAACAAGCGCUGCUUCCUGCAGUUUCUCCUGCAGCUCAGUGCCGAGGAGUGUGACAGAUGCACUGAGCCUGGUUCACCCGGAGGUCACCAAAAGAUUUUUCGGCUGUGGCCUUCCCUUCCCAGCGAAGCUCGAGGGCUGCAGAGUCCUGGACCUCGGCAGCGGCUCUGGCAGAGACUGUUUUGCCUUCAGCAAACUCGUCGGGCCAAGCGGACAUGUGACAGGGAUCGAUAUGACCGAGGCGCUGAUCGCAGCGUCUCGUCAGUACAUCGAGUAUCAUCAGAAGAAGUUUGGCUAUGAGAAGCCCAACGUCACUUUUGUCCAGGGGUACAUGGAGAAGCUCAGUGAAGCUGGCGUACAGAGUGACUCAAUGGAUGUUGUGCUAUCCAACUGUGUCAUCUGUUUGUGUCCUGAUAAAAAAGCAGUGCUACAGCAAGCUUACAACGUCCUCAAGGAGGGAGGUGAGCUGUACUUUAGUGACAUGUACGCCAGCAAAGUCAUUCCUGAUCACAUGAAAGGAGAUCCAGUCCUGUGGGGUGAAGGAAUGGGCGGCUCCCUGUUUUGGCAGGAUCUCAUUUCAUUGGCUCACAGCAUAGGUUUCAGCACUCCACACCUUGUCGCAGCCAGUCACAUCGUGAUCCACAACUGUGAGCUCAAAGCAAAAGCAGGUGAUGUCAGCUACGCUUCAGGCACAUACAGACUCUUUAAGCUGCCCAAAAGUCCAGCGGUGUCUGAGGCAACGGUGACCUACAAAGGAACUGUGCCAAAUUUCCCCGAUCAGCUGGACUUUGAUUCCUCCCACUCUUUCAAGAAAGACGUGGCAGUGCAGGUAAAUGGAGAGAUGGCAGCAAUCCUCCAGUCAUCUCGCUUCUCUCCGGAUUUCUUAAUCCAGAUUUUGGAUCGACCUGAGUCUGGCUCAGAGUCAACACCUCAGUACUGCCACCUCAACCCAUUUCUACUGGCAGACAAACUGGGAUCCUCAGUGAGACAGUGCUCCAAAACAAGCAAAUAAAGAUGUAAAUGAGGAACUUGUUCUGAAGACUGAGUAGAACAGCUGCAAUGAGAUUGAGUUUGAUUAGUAGAUUUUAUACAGUAAGUCCAUAACUUGAGACUAAUCAUUUUAUGUGCUAGUAGUCUCUUACCUCUUGUUAUAUUGUUAAUUUUAGAUAUCAUGGUGUUACGUUUUUUAGCAGGAUAAUGGUGUCGCAGUAAUAUCAUAAUAAAUAAGUGUCCAGAUACUAAAAUAACAUUUUUCUAAUAACCGUUCUUUGUUUCAGUCUACUAAGAAAAAGGUUCUGAGUGAAAAUGACAGUAAAUGAUCUUACUGUGUUCUGCUGUCAUUGUGCAUCAUGAAAGAGGAACUUGUACCAACAGGUAGAAUUUUAAGUAUCUGCAGCCGGUGAUGCUGGUGAUGUGAGUAAGCAAAGACUAUGGAGCUCUGCUGUCAGUUAUGGGGUUGUUUCUAAAAUGUUAAGUACACUCUCAUUUCACAACAGCACAAAAUACAGAAGCCCUGAGAGGCAAAUGAGGAAAAAAGAUGAAGCGAUACCGCUUCUAAGUCUGAUCUAAAUUGUUUCCUCUACCGUUUUUAUUACUUAAUAAAGGAAGUGUGCAAGAUUUAGGGGGAUUUAGUGACAUCUAGUGGUGAGGAUUGUAGAUUGCAACCAGCUGAAACAUCUCCUUGUUGGAAUUUCUUUAGUAUUGAUUGUUCAAGAGGUUUUUACCAGGAGCCAAAUUAUCUGCAGAGGUCUCUACCUCUCCAAGACAAAUGGUAAAACCAGUAAAAACACUAGCCCAGCACCAGCGAAUGUGUGCUCACCUUAUUUCUGCUCCAGAUGUUCAAGAGUUUCUUACUGGGAGCCAUAUUAUUUGCAGAGGUCUCCUCCUCUCCAAAACAUCAGACCAUGUGAUUAAAACCAGUGAAAACACUGGGGGAGCGCCAGGAUAAAUUUUCUUCUUUUUCUCUUUACUCUUUUUGUUCCCAUUUGAGUAAAAAGAUAAAAAAAAAAAAAUAGUAUUUGCAGGUGAUAUUUUUGUUUUUUGUAAUACUUAUUUUGGCCACAAGAGGCUGAAGUGUUCUACUGUCCCAUAUUCUCAAUAGGACUAAAAGCAUCCAAGUUUUCCUCCUGGUGAGUCGUUCUUUCUCUGUACACUCUAAACACAAAGGUUCAUAUAUUGUGUUUUAGAAAGUAACAUAACAUACAUACAUACUGUCAUGUCUUUCUUUGGGCUAGAAAUAUAUGUACUUUAGCCUCUUGCUGCUGAAUAAACUCUUGAAAAAUUGCCCUGCCUAAAAAAACACCUUUUAAAACUUUUCCACCUGCAAAAGGAGCUUAUUAAAAUGAUCUAAGCAAAACUUCUUUUCCCACCUGCUCUUAAGUCAUAAACACAGGAGGGGAAAUAAAUCAAACUUAGAAAAUGAAUCACCAAAAGCCAGUUUGACAGAAACAGGUACAAGAGUGGAAAUAAAAAUCCAAGACCUAAAAUCACUCUCUGAUGUUUGAAAAAUGUUUCAUCUACAUGUAGAGAUUAUUACAUUGUGUUUUGUUACGUUAAC